AUGGUUUACUUGUCUAUACACUUGAGCCUUUGCGCCGUGGUUUUAACAACAUUCUCAACAUCGUCAGGGACUGGUACAACUUACAACGAACUCUACUCGUCCACAGAGACCAAGUAUCUACACCAAGCAUCUCUGUCUAGCCAAAAAAGUCAGAAUUUGAAUCUCCUGCUGGCUUUCCUUCUUGACUCCCCUGAGUUUCGUCCUCUAACGCUCUCCAUAAUCCUGCCGGAGUUUCGAUCGAAUGAAGUUGACGUUCUCUUGAGAUACUCCGCGGAGAAUCCCAUCUUGGUCUACAAAAUAAGAGCUAGAGACCUGUCCCUCGAGGCCACGUGGAUGGAGAGGUCGCAUCUCACAUGGGUCUUCUUCGUCAAGGACGUAUUCUCUCUGAAUAUCUUCAUCUACUGGCAGCCGAAGCUGUGGCAGUCCAGCAACCAAUAUCUGAUCUUUUUCAACGGUAGGACGACUACCGUGGCUUGGCGGGACAUCUUCAGGAAUCUGUGGAACAAGUACAGCGUCUAUAGGGCAGUGAUUGUUUCUACGGAAGACAAUUUCGAUUGUUUAGUGAGGUAUGCGCCCUUCGAAGUUCACGAUAACGAGUUUGGAGGUGUACACAAGCUGUGCUUGACGAACAAUGUUACUACCAAGCAGAGUUCCCCAGAAACUUACGACGAUGACACUUCGAGGUACUCGACAGAGUUGAACAACGUCGACAAGGUCCUGCUUCUGAACGAAACCACGCGAUUGUUCGAGAUUUUCCACGACAUGAACAAUUAUCCUCUGGAAGUGGUUGUGUUCAAAUCCUUGCUAAUGGACAUCGCAUACGACGAUAAAACGGGACUAAGAUUGAGAAAGGUGGACGCCGAGGUGCUCUACUCUCUAGAAGGAGCCACGAAAUCCAAGUUCCACAUGAAAGUAAUGAGAACCGCCGAAUUCAGACGGAUCGUGGACCCCUUUGAUCUGUCAUUAAGGGACAUCGAGAGCGGUAGAGCCGAGAUGGUCAUCACUGGGUUCUUCGUCAAGGCUUAUCCUCUGCAUCCUAACUUCCGGUUCACCGCUGCCGUCUACGAGGACAAACUGUGCUUCCUGGCGCCGGACUCGGGGUUGGUACCCAAAGCUUACAUGCCCUUCUUACCCUUCGAGAAGAACUUGUGGGCACUCCUAGCGAUAUAUAACGUGGGAAUUACGUUGCUGUGGUGCUUCAUGAAGUACCUCAACCUGGCGUUUAAACGUCGAUCGAUUCAACCUACUCGAGCCUUGUCGUCGAGUGACAAAGAGACUAAACCUUUGGAGCAAUUAGAGUGCAAAGGUUCCUGGACAAAUCAACUGAGAAAAGGUCACUUUAACCCUCCAACAGAACCUCUUCAACCCCCACAAAUCCCUCGCUACGUGUCCCUGUUCUUCGACUUCGUAGAACUCUUCUGCUAUCCCCUCCAAAACGGAGACAGUCCCGCGCAAAGGGCUCUGCUAAUAGGCACCCUGUUCUUCGGUCUCAUCGUGAACGGAGUCUAUCAAAGCAGUCUGGUGUCCAGUCUCAGCAAACCUUUCCACUAUCCCCAGUUGAACACCCUGGAAGACGUGGUCGACUCCGGCAAGAUCCUGUUCACUAAAUACGCGAACCUGAAGAACGUCUUCCAGGACGACAUGCCCGUAGACAGGGCGCUUCUGCGGAAGAUCCGAGUGGUGAACGAGACUAAAUCGACCAAAUACAUGGUGGCUUACGAGAACAUGAUCGCCAUCACGCGGUACUUCUCGAUGGUGCUAGGAAACUACGCGUUCCACGACAAGGACGGCAAUCCGUUGCUCCACGUGGUGGACGAGUGCCCCAUGAACUAUCGAGUGUCGUACGUGCUGAGGUCCCAAUCGCCCUACAUGGAGAGGGUGAACUUUGUUCUGCUGAGACUGAAGGAGGCUGGCCUGUUCUCGGUCUGGUUCGAGAAUAUAACGUAUCCCUUAACGAUCGUCAAGAUGAGGAGUCUGAGGAGGGACGAUACAGCCAUCAAGCUCACUCUGGACCAUUACUCCCUGACGUUUCUACUGCUGUUCGUUGGUCUGCUCGUUUCCACUUUCAUCUUCCUUGGCGAGGUGUAUGUGACCAGGAGGAAACGUUGA